AUGUUUGCGUUCCAGAUUAAUCAUGUUGAUGCUGUGAAUAACUUCUUGAUAUCCAUUAGUCUCAACGAAAAUGGUUCCACCCCUACCCACUGUUUUCUUAAAUGGGGACCAAAGGCAGCGAUACCAGAAGAGCACAAGGACCCUUCUCUGCUCUUAGCAGUGGCCUUGGACAGAGAGGCAUACAUCAUCGAUUUAAAUGGGGUUGUUGAGCAAUUAUCCUCUGUCCCUAUCGACUUCCACACAGCGUCAGUUCAGUAUCACUCCUGUUCGCGUCUCUUAAGCAAAAUUAUGGUACAGCUCUCCACUUACGGCAGCAAUAUUGAGGCAAUGGAUUUCACUGCCGAUGCAUCGACUAUCUUUGUUAGUGUGAGUAUUGGACAAAUACUCAUGUUCAAAAUAUCCAAUAUUGAAUCGGGACUCUUCAGCCCCUAUCGCAAAUUGACAACGCUUGGGGCCUCUCCAUUGUCUGCUCUCCAUUACGUGAACAAUAAGAGCCUGUUGGCUCCGCUAGGGUACCUGAUAGGAGGAACGGAUUUCAAUCGACAGUUACUUCUCUGGCGUCUGCCCGAUUUCUCUUUGGUCCAGACCAUCCGAUUUUGCCCUCGUGAGGAACGAGAGCAGGAGGACGGCGAAAAAACGAAGCCCUCUCCUCAACCCAUGCUUAUCACCUCUUUCAGUGUGACAGCUAAUCUUCUUUUGGCUAGUGAUAUAAAACGCAGGACAAUGCCGGGCAAAUCGCAGCGUGGGAAAGUCAUCACGAAUACAUGUACUUGUGGCCUCCUUGGUAGUGAGCACGGUAAUAAUUCCAACCGCGGCCGAACUUCCACCCGAACGCGUGAGCGUUCAUUGCUCAGAUGUCGUCGCUCAACCUCGAGGGCUCAGGCCUCUCUCUCAGGCCAUAAGAGCAUCACACCAGUCGGUCAUAAAUCAUAUGUGGUUCCGCUAAGGAAGGGAGGUAGGACCGUAAGAGCUAGGCAGGCAUCUACUACUGUGGCCGCCAAGCGUCGACGACAACAAAGAAAUACGAAAUCGACAGUUCCGGCAGCUGAAUCUUCCUUAAAAGUUGUAGAGAAGGAGGAGGGGAAGGGGAAACAUGCUUUGGAGGAGUCACAGAAGUCUGAAACACAGCUGUUAAAGAAUCAGAAUCCUGAUAGUCCAGAAGACGUACAGUUCCGAUGUGUGAGUGAGUUUCUUCUCGCCAGUCCUUGCAUCGCAUUCGAUGUCAGUCGGGUUUCACGCUCGCUUUCCCUGGACCGUCCCCUCGCGGCCUACGAAUCGGAGGACGGUGAUUGCAUUGAAGCUGUAUUAAAUCUGAUUCAUCCCAGAGAGCUGAAGACAGGAAAGCUGAGUUUCUUUGUUCCUUUGAGCAUCUACAUGCAGCGUGAUCAAGAUGCGAAAGAGGAGCAGCCUACCUCCGAACCCCCGCUGGAUAAUGAUCCUCUAUCCACAGUGGGGACGAUUGGGGACUGUUCCUCGCCUUUAUUGCCUGAGGGGAAUAAGAAUUCUGCGUAA